AUGGGUACUACGGGUAUCACGGCACUGCCCCUCUUCUCACUGUCAAAACCCACUGAUACUCCAACUGUAACCAAUACAAAUUGGGGUACUAUCGUCAUCUUCAACGGCGACAACUGGAAUGAGUUCUAUGAAUCAUGUCUAGGUGCAUUAGCUGCCGCUGAUGCUCUAGCUAUUAUUCAAGGAGAUGAAGAAGAACCAGAUGACCCCUUUGAUAUAUCUUAUAUCACAGAUCUUCGUAUCUACAAGAAAAAACGCGGAAACGCUAUCUCCAUCAUCAACUCUACAGUUAACUCUAGGAACUUUGUCAUCAACUCCAAUCAGUCACUUCAGGAAGCUAUGGUCACACUGACUAUUGCGGAGAAACCCUACACAGCGACAGCUAACUAUGCUGGAAGAGGUAAAGGAUGUGGUGGAAAUCGAGGCGGAUGUGGUUGUGGUGGAAAACGUAAUGGAUAUCGUGGAGGAUCCGGCGGAAAUGGAGGAGAUUCAGGUGAUUCUGCCUCAAGGUCAUUUUCAGAAGGAAAGGCUAGCCUUGCUGUAGGAGAUCAAUACAACGGUACUAUCUAUACUGGAGUUGCUAUGCGUGCCACUGAUUCAAAAGACAACACCUGGAUUCUUGACUCUGGAGUAUCCAAUCAUUUCACUGGAAUACUAGAAAAUCUUGAUCAUUUUCAGUAUUGGAAGGAGUCAAGAAAAUCAAAGGGUUCCUAUAUCUACCAGUACACUACUAUAUUCGAUAUAAUACAUCUAUUCCUCAACGAAGAAGGAGAAAGAAACCUUGACGAAACUUACACAGAACUAGUGCACUAUCAUCUUGGUCACCUUAAUUACAAUCAAAUGGACAAGCUUAAGAAGGCAUUGGUUGGCCUGAAAUUUGCUAAGAGAGUUAAAACGAAAGGACAAAGAGUGGAAAUCAGGAAAAUAGGAAUUCAGUUUAAACCUUUACCACCAGGGAAGCAUUCUAUAAACGGUGUAGCAGAGAAGAAGAUUCAAGACGUCAGUGCCAGGUCAAGGAAUCUGUUAGCACAAGCUGGAAUGCCUGAAAACUAA